ACAAGCCAGAAGAAUGAUGUAAUUGAUCAAGAUGGCGCCAAAUUCUUGACAAAUGUGAAAACUGAAAGAAUGGAAGAUUUUGUAAAGAAUUUAGUGUCCACUUCAGAUUUAAGUGUCCUGACUAAGAAGGUUGUACGGAAGUGCUACCUGGUGCACAUUGGUAAGCCGUCGCUGACUGACGAAGAGAAGGAGCAACUUAACAAUACUCUGUAUUCCUUGCUGGAAGAACUGGCAAUCAAACAGAACUCACAGAGACAGUCACUGGAAAAGGUUACAGAUUCUGAAACUGCUGCCAAGAAGAAAAACAAAAAGAAUGCUUUGCCAUCAAUGAAAUUACCAGUCAAACUGGGGCUCGGUCUGGGUCUCCGCAACGUGGUACUAAACCAGGGUCCUCUCCAGCUAAAAACAGGCAUGGAGGCAAAAAGGUGAAGACUGUAGCUGCACACAAAAGGACAAUUCGGAUUGAGCCAAAGGGUCUGGAAGGAAACGAAGCGUCAGUAACAGACUUAUCACUGGUUGUUGAAGACUCUGACACAGGCACACCUGAUGAACAAAAGAAAAGUAGUGUAAAUCUGUCUUCAAAGAAAAAGGUCAAGCCAAGUAAAAAAUCUGGUGAGCCAAAAAUUGUAGCUAAUGGACAAAAAACAACACUUAUGAAAAAGCAAAGUCCACGGAUGAUGAAGUUGCAUGAAGCAGUUGAUUUAGUCAUAAACUCUGAUGUGUCAGUAAGUGAUGAGGAAAGUAGUGUAGGAAAAGCAAAAAGCAAACGACGAAGGACAAAGAAAUCUGCCAUAGUGGACACCAGCUCAGAAUCUGAAGAAGAACAUCUUCAAAAAAAAAGAAGAAAGAGAAAGAUUGUUUCUGAUGACGAUGGCUCAGAUUUAAAUGAAACACUCUAUACCAAAGAUACCCCAAGGAAAGAUUUCUCUCGUAGAAAGGUUGAAAAGCAAUGUUCUGAUGAUGAACCAGAUAAAGAUGAAGACCUGUCUGGGUCUAGUGAUGAUCAGAAUUAUGGAUCUCAUAGAGCAGUGAAGAGUAAAAAAGUAAAAUCAAAACGAUUUGCAGCUGGUAAAUCGUCUGAUGAUGAAAAAAGUUCUAGUUUUGUAUCCAGUAAGGAUUUGUCACCAGUUAAAAAGAAGAAUUCGUUAAAAAAGAAACAGCUAACCAGUCAGCCAGGCUCUGCGAAAAAACGUCCAUCUGUAAAAGAUAAUAAUGUUGAUGGACAUGACUCUGAAGGCAAAACACAUGUGUUUUCAGUGUCUGAAAGUGACAGUGAGCGUGAUAAACAGAUGAAGAAGGACUUGGAUCUCAAAAUCAUGGGACGAAAACUGAAGACAAUAUAUGAAGGUAUCCCGAAAACUAAGCAGAAUGAGAGCAGAACUUCAGGACUGUACAUCGAGUCUGAAGAUGACCUGCCUUUAGUGAAGUACAGGUCAGACGAUGAGAUCGAUGAAGAUGAUCUCCCCCUGAAACAAAAGAAGAACAAGACAUCUGGGUCUAAGCAGUUGUCAUUGUCAAGUAAGAAAAGGUCUAAAGUUGUUAAGUGUAGUGACUCUGAAGAUGAUUCAGAUGUGUCGAGUGGGGAAGAUGAAAAACCAGCAUUAAUACGCGCUAAACAGACAAAGAGGAAAUCUGAAAAGAAGUCUAAAGUGGAUGAGGAAGUCGGAAUCAUUUCUGAUAGUGAUUCUGAUUCAGUAAUGAAAAAGAAUAAACCUUCAAAAGACAAACCGAUCAUGUGUGAAUCUGGUGGUGAUUCAGAAGAAGACAUUCCUCUAUCAAAACAGAGAACAUUGAAAGAUGCUCAUACUGGGUUUCCACUGAAUAAAGGUAAAGCUGAAACCAAGUCUCUGGUGGUGGAAGACGGUACCAAAAAACGAGGUGUGAAAAGAAAAAACAACAGCAGUCUGAACAGUAAGAGGGAAUCAAAAAAUGCAAAGUCAAGGAAACGAAGAAAGGUUGAUCGUGAUUCUUCCUCGUGUGAAGAAUCCAGCUCGGCCGCUGAAGUGGACAGCUCUGAAGGUGAAGAAACCUCUCUCUCUUCAUUGAAGAAAAGUAAGAGUAAUGUGACUUGCCAGGCUGUUUCCAGCUCAGACGAUGAAGUACCCGCCUCUGCAUCACAGAUUAGUAACACUAGUACAAGUAGCAGACGGUCUUCUAGGGCCAAAGCAGACGUACGAAAUGUACCUGUGACCAGUGACAGUGAUGUCGAUAAACAGUCUGACUGUGUUGUGGAUGGUGGGGACGGCUCGGACAUUGAGGUGGAUUCGGACAUGGACUCUGAGAAUCACUCUGGUCAGGAGAAGUCUGCUUCCAGUGAUGGUGGUGAGGAGGAGGAGUUUACUAGGCAAAAGAAGAUAACACAUUUAAGAAAAAAGACGGUUACCAGCGAUUCCAAUUCAACAUCAGAUUCCGAUGCUGCUCUUGCCACUGCAACGAAAAAGAAAAAGUCUUCACCGAAAACCCAGCAAAAUACCAGCAAGUCUAAAGUUACCAGCGAUUCCAAUUCAACAUCAGAUUCCGAUGCUGCUCUUGCCACUGCAACGAAAAAGAAAAAGUCUUCACCGAAAACCCAGCAAAAUACCAGCAAGUCUAAAGUUACCAGCGAUUCCAAUUCAUCAUCAGAUUCCGAUGCUGCUCUUGCCACUGCAACGAAAAAGAAAAAGUCUUCACCGAAAACCCAGCAAAAUACCAGAAAGUCUAAAGUUACCAGCGAUUCCAAUUCAACAUCAGAUUCCGAUGCUGCUCUUGCCACUGUAACGAAAAAGAAAAAGUCUUCACCAAAAACCCAGCAAAAUACCAGAAAGUCUAAAGUUACCAGCGAUUCCAAUUCAACAUCAGAUUCCGAUGCUGCUCUUGCCACUGUAACGAAAAAGAAAAAGUCUUCACCAAAAACCCAGCAAAAUACCAGAAAGUCUAAAGUUACCAGCGAUUCCAAUUCAACAUCAGAUUCCGAUGCUGCUCUUGCCACUGUAACGAAAAAGAAAAAGUCUUCACCGAAAACCCAGCAAAAUACCAGCAAGUCUAAAGUUACCAGCGAUUCCAGUUCAUCAUCAGAUUCCGAUGCUGCUCUUGCCACUGUAACGAAAAAGAAAAAGACUUCACCAAAAACCCAGCAAAAUACCAGAAAGUUUAAAGUUACCAGCGAUUCCAAUUCAUCAUCAGAUUCCGAUGCUGCUCUUGCCACUGUAACGAAAAAGAAAAAGUCUUCACCGAAAACCCAGCAAAAUACCAGAAAGUCUAAAUGUGAGGAGAAGCCGUACCUAAAGAACCUGCGAAAGAUCUGCCACGCUGUGGGGAUUAUCGUGCGGAACACCAUUGAGCUCAAGGACUGCGACACGGAAGAAGAGAAAAUCAAGCGACUCAAAGAACUUCUCAGGAAGGCAGGCAUGCAAGGCCAGCCCAGCAUGAAUAAGGUGCAGGCACUCAAGCUGCUCAAGGAGGCGGCUCAACUGGACACCAGCAACAUCCUGUCCAGUGUCAAAGGGAGAUCAUCAAGGAGUCGUGUACAAGACAAACCAUCCCACAAGAAACCAGUGUCUUCACCCGUGUCUCCCUCGGUAACCAGGGUCUUCCACAGACUGAAGGGAAUUGUCGACAGUGAAGGCUCAGAGAGCGACUGACUUGGAGAUCUAGUUCUCUACCUCUGCAUUUCCAUCCAUUAUGACGGUGUGCAGCGGGUUUCAAGAUGCUGUUAACAGUGAUGGUUUGAUUUCACAAAUCUAUCUGUAUUCAUUGCUAUGCGAAUAAUAAUUCCAGACAAGACAUUUCAAAUAAGGAGAGCAGUUUCACAGUAUCUAUACCAGCCUCGGUGGUGUCGUGGUUAAGCCAUCGGACAUAAAGCCUGGUAGGUACAGGGUUCGCAGCCCGGUACCGGCUCCCACCCAGAGCAAGUUUUAACAACUCAAUGGGUAGGUGUGAGACC